AUGGUGCAAUUUACUACGGACAAUCUCUACUGGUCUUUUGACGAAGAUGAGCAGCUCUGGGACUCCAAUCCGGUCUGGCUUGAGCAUGCCAUAAACAAACCCAUGGACAAAUGCCCUGCCGAAUUUUGCAAGGCGUUGGGCCGGACUGGCAACGCUGAUGUCACUGGAAUCGGGGUCCAAGUAUCAUAUUACGUGGAGGCGAUCCUAGCCACGAUGUAUCUCCUCGCUUAUACAAUAUGGCAAAUACGGCGAUACUACGAGAAGAAGGCCCAUAAGAAUAGUCUUCCGGGGGUCCCACACAUCCACCGUACCUUCACCGGCUCGUCAGGGAAAGCCGGCCGCGUCCUCGACGCCUUUAGAGGUAGUCUGGCUUCGUUUCUCUCAGGCACAAUGCUUCUGGCGCUUGUCAUGCUCGUUGCCUCAGUCUGCCUGGCAGCAGAGAAAACGAAAACGCGCAAGCUCCCGGAGCUGAAGCAAGACAUCCCGACGGGCAGCGCGCUCUAUGACAUAUCACUGUCACUACUGGCAGCCACCUUUUCUGUCUUCCCAGUUAUGCUAUUAUACGCCUUGAUGAAAGAUCCGGAUCGUGGUGCUGAAGGUGGACAUCGCGUUGCGGAGAAGCCCUGGGUUCGCAGGUGGCGGGCCUGUUGGCGGUUGACCGUUGCUUGGAUCAACUUGAUUCUCAUGUGGGGUGUCCUUGCCUACUUCACGCAUCUUCGACAUGGCAUCAUCAAGCUCGCUGGUGGCUUGGAUAACGAGGACAAGUGGACGUUCGGUCAGAUCUUAGCCCUUGCAACAUGGGCUCCUGUGGUUGCUGACUGGUUUUACAUCCUUAUCUUCGGACUGCAAGAGGGCCUCACCGAUCGUCUACCCCAAGACUAUCAAGCCAUCCACAAGAACGGCCAACCGUCGCCGAAUUUCGACGACAAGGUACCGCUUAUCGAGAGCCAUGCCAUAACAGCCGUUCCGCCCGCAUCAGUCGGUGGCCCAACACCGGGCCACGUGCAGGUUGUUGGAACAGGAUACCACAACUCGCCUCCUCCUCCAGAGAUGUACUUCGGUCCUACCGGAUCCUGGAAUAGUAGGACGAAUUCAUGGGAAACGAAGCAAAAUCCGUGGGAACACUGGAACAGCACGGGCUGGUAA